GAGAGACAUGCGUCGGGACUCGGAAGGAAAGAACAACAGCAAUCAAAUUAAUUAAAUAAUAAUAAUUAAUACUUAAAUAAAUACGUAUUUUUUGUUCUUCUUGUUUGCAAGGAAGCAAACACAAAAUUCUUCUCAUAUUUCCACCCCAACAGCACCGGGCGGGUCCUUUCUUCUUCUUGUUUUCUUAUUGGUCUCUGCAACUCCUGAUCACCCAUCAAGUUCAAUUUUUGUUUCUUCAGCUAACAGCUCGGAGAGGGAGAUCGUUUUUUGAAACCAUGGAACAGCUAGUCAACUUUAUUAUUCGGCCUCCCAGGGCUGAGUACGACCCACAAAAUGAUUUGUUGGAUCAAGAGUUCAUACUGAAAGGGAAAUGGUACCAAAGAAAAGAUGUGGAGUUGAAAAAUAGUCGGGGAGAUGUCCUGAAGUGUAGCCAUUACACGCCCAUUGUUAGUCCAGAAGAAAAGCCUUUGCCUUGUGUAAUAUACUGUCAUGGAAACAGUGGGUGCAGGGCUGAUGCCAGUGAAGCAGCCAUUAUUUUGCUUCCAUCAAAUAUUACAGUUUUCACUCUUGAUUUCUCCGGGUCCGGAAUCUCCGGAGGAGAUCAUGUGACUUUAGGGUGGAAUGAAAAGGACGACCUGAAGACUGUGGUUGAUUAUUUGCGAGCAGAUGGAAAUGUAUCUUUGAUUGGUUUGUGGGGCCGUUCAAUGGGUGCUGUUACUAGUCUUUUGUAUGGAGCUGAGGAUCCUUCAAUAGCAGGAAUGGUUCUUGACAGUCCAUUCUCUGAUUUGGUUGAUUUGAUGAUGGAAUUGGUGGACACUUACAAAAUUCGUUUGCCUAAGUUCACUGUGAAGUUUGCAAUCCAAUACAUGCGGAGAGCUAUCCAGAAAAAGGCAAAAUUUGACAUAAUGAACCUGAACACCAUUAAGGUGGCAAGCUCUUGCUUUGUUCCAGCUUUGUUUGGGCAUGCCAUUGAUGAUGAUUUCAUACAACCCCAUCAUUCAGAUCGUAUAUUUGAGGCGUAUAUGGGAGACAAAAACAUCAUCAAAUUUGAGGGAGAUCACAAUUCUCCACGACCUCAAUUCUACUUUGAUUCUAUAAACAUCUUUUUCCACAAUGUUUUGCAACCCCCGGAGGAUGAGGUUGUGGAAACAUUUUUUGACACUUUACACGAGACCUUUGGUAAGGGUAGUUGGAGAAGUGUGCACACAGCUGAUUAUGAUCACGGAUGUUCAACUGCUGCUACAGAAGCACCACCUAGCAGCGGCCAACAGGAUGCCAUUAGACAACUCCGUUCAAGAAGACCCAUGAGUCGGAUGGAGGUUCCUUCUGGCAUUUCAUCUACCGAUGGCCAAUCCGAAUCCAAGGAUGGACAAACUGAUAAUGGCCCAUCAUCUUCUGAUAUGAUUAGCUUUGAAUUUGCUAAUGGCAGUCCUUGUGGGCCCCAUGUUCCAACCACGAUGGACGAUGAUCAGUAUGUAGAAUACCAGCUUGAUGACCUGGAAGGUUUUCCAAGUGAUGUCGAUGAGGAAGAAAGGAUGUUAAUGGAAGCAGUGAUGUUAUCACUAAAAGACUUAGAAAUGAGAGGCCCUCAGGCAGAUGAACCACCGCCCUGGGAUACCCCUGAUUCUUUAAAUUUGUCGCAAAAAGAUGACCAGCCUGAUGAUGCAUCUACUGCAGAGAAGCGAGAGCUGUUGGAGACAGAAUCUACUUCCACUUCAGUUGGGCACUUGGGAUCCUCGAAAACAGAAUCUAUUUCUACUUCAGUAAGUAAAUCCCACGACUCGAGACCUGAAGAUCAAACUCCUACAAGGGUUCCAACAACAGAACCUGCAUCACAAACGCCUCUAUCCAUAAUGGAUGGGAGCGCUGGGGCAUCUAGCCAAAGCGAUACAUCAGAAAGCAUCCAAAGAACAUCAGAUAGUGACUUGUCAGCCAAGACGACAGCCACAGUAACGGUGGUAAAAAAUCCUGCAAGCAAUGUCAUGGAUGGUUUGAUACGGCGUUGGGAUUUUAACUUCUUUAGAAACAACCACAGUCGAUAGAUGACUCUUUUCCUUAUUUUUUUCGUUUUCUCCGUAGACAAUAUGAUUGCAUUUGUUUGUAACUAAAAUGUCAGGGUUCAUGAUUUGUAAAAUGCUCAUCUGGAAAAGGAAAACCCAAACCGGAAAACGGAAAAGAAUAGAAAGAUUGCUGUGAAAAUUGUAUUGAUUUUAGUUGUAACAUAAAAAAAAAGGUUUCUUCUGGUUCCAGAUUCUUAUUCAGUGUCUACAACACAAAUGAAUAUAUUGUUUUGUU